AUGAAAUAUAUAUUAUUAGGAUUAUUGUCAUUAGUUUUAUUUUUCACAGUGGCCAAUGCCAAGUGUGAAUUCUAUCCAUGUCCACCAGCACCAACCGAGGUUUUCUGUAAUACACAUGGAGGUAAUUUCUAUCCGAUAAACGAAGUCAUGGGAAGAUGUUGCAAUGAAUGUCUUUGUGAUCCCGCUCAAAACUGUCCAUAUGUCAACUACGAUCAAUGUUGGCUCACUGGUGGUGUCUUUGUAAAAGUCAAUUACACUGCUGGAAUCUGUUGUGAGUAUUGUGAUUACUCAAAGCUCUGUGAAAAUGUCAGAUGUGCUGCAGUUGAUCCAACCGAGUGUAAAAUUGAAGGUGGUAUCUAUCACCCAGCUGAUCCAGUUAAUGGUUUCUGUUGUCCAACUUGUUACAAAAAGGAUCCAUGUAAAGGAGUGAUUUGUAAUGUAGUUGAUCCAGAUAAAUGUAAAGCCAAUGGUGGUGUUUUCAUUCCAAGUGAUCCAUUGAAUGGUAAUUGUUGUGAUGUUUGUAAUUACACCAUUCCAAAUCCAUGCAAAGGUGUUCUCUGUGAUUUUUUUGAUCCAACAAAAUGUAGAUUGAAUGGAGGAAUUUACUACCCAGCUGAUCCUGCAAAUGGUCGUUGUUGUGCCGAUUGUAAAUAUCCAUGCAAAGGUGAAGAAUGUCCAUUCGUCGAUGAAUACAAAUGUUUAAUGGAAGGUGGUGUUUACGAACCAGCCACACCUCCAGAAGUAUGUUGUGCCAACUGUAACUUUACCAAUCCAUGUCAAACCAACAUCACGUGUCCACCAGUCGAUCCAAACAAAUGUAAGGAACAACAAGGUACUUACACUUUACCAGAUCCAGCAAAUGGAGUGUGUUGUGCAAACUGUACUUUCCCAUGCAAAGAUAUUAAAUGUCCACCAGUUGAUGCUGAUAAAUGUAAAGCAAAUGGAGGUCAAUAUGUUCCAGCUGAUGUUUUCAAUGGUAUCUGUUGUCCAAAGUGUAACUACACUGAUCCAUGCAGAGGUGUUGAAUGUCCAUACGUUGAUGAAGUUAAAUGCAGAUAUGAAGGUGGUGUUUAUAUUGGUGCCGAUCCAUUAAAUGGAAGAUGCUGUGCCCGUUGUCCAUGCAAAGGUGUUGAAUGUCCAACCAUUGACCAAGCAUAUUUAGAUAAAUGUAAGGCAAAAGGAGGUGUAUUCACACCUGCUGAUCCAAUUAAUGGUGUAUGUUGUGGUAAUUGUACUCUACCAUGCGAAGGCGUUCAAUGUCCAAAUGUUGAUCCUGAAAAGUGUAAACUCUCAGGAGGUGUAUACACUCCAGCUGAUCCAGCAAAUGGAAAAUGUUGUGCCAACUGUACUUACAAUCCAAACCCUUGCACAGAUGUGAUUUGCCCAUUCGUUGAUGCUAAAAAGUGUAUUGCUAAUGGUGGUACUUUCAUUCCAAGUGAUCCAGCAAAUGGACGUUGUUGUGAUAGAUGUUGGAAUCCAUGUGAUCAAGUACUUUGCCCAAUCGUUGUUUCUGAAGAAAAAUGUAAAGCAAACAAUGGUACAUACACACCUGCCAACCCAGCUGCUGGUAUCUGUUGCCCAAGCUGUGUCCUCCCACCCAAUCCAUGUGAACAUAUCGUUUGUCCAGUCGUAAGUCCAAAGAAAUGUAUUAUUUCUGGUGGUCAAUAUAUUCCAGCAAAUCCAAGUAUUGGUAGAUGUUGUGCUUCAUGUAACUACACCAUCUCUGAUCCAUGUUUCGGAGUAUUGUGUCCAAUCGUUGUAACCGAAGAAAAAUGUAAAGCAAAUGGUGGUACCUACACACCAGCUGAUCCAGCUAAUGGAAUUUGUUGUGCAUCUUGCAAAUUAAAUCCAAAUCCUUGUGUAGGAAUCGUGUGUCCACCAGUUAGUCAAAAGAAAUGUAUGUUAACUGGAGGUAUCUAUCAACCAGCCGACCCAUUGAAUGGUAAAUGUUGUGCCAAAUGUUUGUAUCCAAUUGAUCCAUGUGCAUUCAUUCCUUGCCCACUAGUCAAUCCACUUAAAUGUAUUUUCCAUGGUGGUAUCUUUGUUCCAAAGGACCCAGCAAAUGGUAUUUGUUGUGAUUCAUGUAAGAUGCCUUGCGAUGGAGUAGUUUGCCCAAUUGUAAGUCCAAAGAAAUGUAUUUUCACUGGUGGAAUUUAUCACGCUGCAGAUCCAGCAAAUGGUCUUUGUUGCCCAUGGUGUGAGUAUAAAUUGGAUCCAUGUUUUGGUGUAGUUUGCCCGUUCGUUGAUCAAAAGAAAUGUAUUGCAAAUGGUGGUGUAUUUGUUCCAGCUGAUCCUGCAAAUGGACGUUGCUGUGAUACUUGUAAGAAACCAAUUGACCCAUGUGAUGGAAUUCUUUGCCCUAUAGUCUUACCAGAGGAUAAUUGUAAAGCAAAUGGAGGUACUUAUACACCAGCUAACCCAGCAGCUGGUAUCUGUUGUGCCAACUGUACAUUGCCAUGCCAAGGUAUUCAAUGCCCACCAGUAGACGGUCAUAAGUGUAUUGCCAACGGUGGUACUUACAUCCAAGCUAACCCAGCUGCCGGUGUAUGUUGUGAUUCAUGUCAGAUGCCAUGUGAUGGAGUAGUUUGCCCACCAGUAGACGCAGAUAAAUGUAAAGCCAAUGGUGGUACUUUCGUUCCAGCUAACCCACAAGCUGGUGUCUGCUGUGAUCACUGUAAGUUGCCUUGCGAAAGUGUGCCAUGUCCACCAGUUCUUUCUGCUGACGAAUGUAAGAUCCAAGGAGGAUAUUACACACCAGCUAACCCACAAGCAGGUAUCUGUUGUCCAAGCUGCAAGUUGCCAUGUGAAGGUAUCCAUUGCCCGACUAUAGAUGCUCACAAGUGUAUUGCCAAUGGUGGUACUUUCGUUCCAGCUAACCCAGGUGCUGGUAUUUGUUGUGAUUCAUGUAAGAUGCCAUGUGAUGGUGUUGCAUGUCCACCAGUUCUCUCUCAAGACCAAUGUAAGAUCCAAGGUGGUAUCUAUACACCAGCUAACCCAGCAGCUGGUAUUUGUUGCCCCAACUGUACAUUGCCAUGCCAAGGAAUUCAAUGCCCACCAGUAGACGGUCAUAAGUGUAUUGCCAAUGGAGGUACUUACAUCCCAGCUAACCCAGCGGCUGGUAUCUGUUGUGAUUCAUGUAAGAUGCCAUGUGAUGGUGUUGCAUGUCCACCAGUUCCCUCUGCAGAUGAAUCUAACCCAGCAUUAGGUAUCUGUUGCCCAUCAUGUAACAUAACAACUGUUAAUCCAUGUGUUGAUGUUGCAUGUCCACCAGUUCUCUCUCAAGAUCAAUGUAAGAUCCAAGGUGGUAUCUAUACACCAGCUAACCCAGCAGCUGGUAUCUGUUGCCCCAACUGUACAUUGCCAUGCCAAGGUAUUCAAUGCCCACCAGUAGACGGUCAUAAGUGUAUUGCCAAUGGUGGUACUUACAUCCCAGCUAACCCAGCGGCUGGUAUCUGUUGUGAUUCAUGUAAGAUGCCAUGUGAUGGUGUUGCAUGUCCACCAGUUCCCUCUGCAGAUGAAUGUAAGAUCCAAGGUGGUGUCUAUACACCAGCUAACCCAGCAUUAGGUAUCUGUUGCCCAUCAUGUAACAUAACAACUGUUAAUCCAUGUGCAGACGUUGCAUGUCCACCAGUUCUCUCUCAAGAUCAAUGUAUGAUUCAAGGUGGUGUUUAUACACUAGCCAAUCCAGCAGCAGGUGUCUGUUGCCCAAGCUGUAAACUUCCAUGCGACUCCGUUCAAUGUCCAUACGUAGAUGCCGAUAAAUCUAACCCAGCAGCUGGUAUCUGUUGUCCAUCAUGUAACUACACCAGCAAUCCUUGCCAAGGCGUAGAAUGUCCAUUCGUUGAUCCAGAAAAGUGUCAUGCUGAGAAUGGAGUGUACGUUAAUGCUGAUCCAGCAAAUGGACUGUGUUGCCCAUACUGUCGUAGAAACGAUUCAUGUUGUUACGAAAUCCAAUGUCCAUACAUUGACUUCAAGUUGUGUCAAGAAUCCGGUGGUAUCUUUGUACCAAAUGACAUCUAUGAACACCGUUGUUGUGAUACUUGUUACAACCCAUGCAAAUAUGUCAAAUGUCUCUAUGUCACACCAGAGAGUUGCAAGAAACAAGGAUUAGUAUACUCACCAGCCAACUCACCAUUAAAGUGUUGUCCAACCUGUGAAAAACCAGAUAUCGCUACUCCAACCACUAAAGUUCCAAUUGCCUAA